CUACUACUUUCACGUGCGAUGACGAUUGGCGAUCUAAGAUACUCCAAGAUAAAUCUUGGCAACCUUGAACAAUGGAAAGUGAGGUAUACGUAAGCUAGUGCAGCUGUAAGGCCAAUCAUUGUAGGGGCUGAGAGCAUGAGCUGAACGAAUUGACCAAGUUCUCUGCGGCGAUAACCGUUAACAGCAGCUAGAUUGGUAAAUGCGUUGCAUCGACCGCGGCCCUUCGAAGAAACAACGCCGGUCGAGCUCCCCGUUGUGGAAUCGGAGACCGAGCGAAUGGAGACAUAGAGACAUCGCGAGAUGAAAGAUACGACCUUUCUUAAACCCCAGGCCUUAAUCGAUCUCAACAUCAAUAUGGGCCGCUCGGAUUUGUGCCGAGGAUGGGCAAAUAGAAUAGCAACAUAAAAGGUCUCGAACGGGAUCGACAUUUCGAUAACGAAGAUAGGAUCUUCCCAUCGCCUCUCCCGCACCGCACCGCACUGCAAAGAUGAAGUACCAGAUUGUCAACCUUGCCAUCUCGGCCGGCGGCGCGCUGGCAGCCACCAGCGGCGAGUUCAACGUCCUAAGUAUGAACGUCGCGGGCUUGCCAGAAAUCCUCAACAGCAACGAGGUCCCGGGAGACAAGACGACCAACUCGGAGGAGAUUGGCGCCAAGUUCGCCGAGUACGAUUAUGACAUAAUUAACGUACAGGAGGACUUCAACUACCACGCCUACAUCUACUCAACCGACACGCACCCGUACCGCACGGCCACUUCCGGCGGGGUGCCCUUCGGCUCCGGCCUCAACACCCUGGCCAACUUCAACUGGGUGGACUUCGCUCGCGUCAAGUGGGCCACCUGCAGCGAUGCCUCUGAGAACGACUGCCUGACUCCCAAGGGGUACACUUUCAUGCGCGCCAUCAUCGACGACGGCGUCUACGUCGACGUGUACAACCUGCACGCGGAUGCGGGAACCGAGGACGGCGACGAGGUAGCUCGCGCCGCGAACCUGAAGCAGGUCGCCGACGCCAUCGACGCCAACAGCGUCGGCAACGCGGUCCUCGUCUACGGCGACACCAACAGCCGGUACACGCGGCCCGACGACGGCAUCACCGUCUUCGCCACGCAGAACGGCAUGACCGACACCUGGGUCGAGCUGAUCCACGGCGGCGUCGUGCCCACCGUCGAGUCCAUCUGCGACAACCCGAGCCUGGUCAACACGUGCGAGACCGUCGACAAGGUCUUCUACCGCGGCAGCCCUCUCCUCAGCCUGACGGCCACGUACUGGAACUAUGAGAGCACCAAGUUCCUGCAGUCCAACGGCAGCAUCCUGUCCGACCACAACCCGAUCACCGUGAAUUUCACCUGGGCGGCCGGCUCCUCGCUGCGCCAAUCCGGCUACUGGGGCGGCCCCCACGGAACCUGGUUCACCGACGUCACCGCGCUCGCGUCCAAGACGUCGCCGAAGGCCAGCGUGCUCAGCUUCCGCGGCGGCAGCCGCCUCGACAGCGUCGGGCUCACGCUGACGGACGGGACCACGUUUACGCACGGCGGCACGGGCGGCGAUGCCGCGACGCUUACCCUUAACUCGGGCGAGUACUGGACCAGCGCCGAGCUGUGCCAGGGCCAGAAGAGCGGCGAGACGCGGAACUUCUACAUCAAGGCGACCACGAGCGCCGGCCGGACCCUCGAAGCCGGCACCUCGACCUCCGACUGCGCGACCUUCGCCGCGCCGUCCGGAUGGGGCAUCGUCGGGUACCUGGGCCAGGACGGGGACGAGAUGGACCAGCUGGCCUUCGUGUAUGCGCCGCAGUAAAGCGGGUUAGGCCUUUUUACCGCAGCGGAAUAAAUCGUACAUAGUAGUAAUACAUAAUCCAUAAUUACCUACCUACCUUGUACUUCCUAUUUAGCAGUUCGUACAGUGAAAGAGAAUUAAAAAAGAAAAAAAAGAAAAGGGGAAGUUAAACUUCCUCGCCUAUCUGCCUAAUCCAUCUAGAGCGUACGCGGCUAUGUAGGUAGGAUUUGCAUCAUACCGUCGCAGCAGCCUAAA